CCUUUCUGGGCCGCCUCCAACUUCCCCGGCCGGGGCGCGGCGCGGCGGGGCUGCGGGCGUUCGGCGCUGCGCUCCGCUCUCUGCUCCGCUCCGCCGCGCGGGGCCGCGGCGGAUGGCGGCGGGGGUGCGGGGCCGGGAGGCGGCGGCGGAGCCCCCCCGGCGGUCAGAGCCCGGCCCGGCCCGGAGCGGGGAGCGGGCGGCGGAGCGGCGCGGCCCGGCGGGAGCGGAGCGCGGAGGCGGAGGCGGCGCUCACCAUGGCCGACCAGAGCAACAUCCAGUCUGCAGCCUCCAAGAGCAUCCGCCCCUUCCGCUCGAGCGAGGAGUACCUGGACGCCAUGAAGGAGGACCUGGCCGAGUGGUUCAACGCGCUCUACGACCUGGACAUGGCGGCUGACACCUUCCUGGAGGCGUUGGCCACGGGCUGCGACCUCUGCCAGCACGCCAACAACGUCAACCGCGUGGCCAUGGAGUUCCAGCAGCGGCACCCCGAGGCGGCCGCCCGCGUCCCCCGCAACGAGGUCGUCUUCCAGGCCAGGAACGUGGCGCCCGGCUCCUUCGUCGCCAGAGAUAACGUCUCCAACUUCAUCCGCUGGUGCCGGCAGGACCUCGGCAUCCAGGAUGUGCUCAUGUUCGAGACCAACGACUUGGUGCUGAAGAAGAACGAGAAGAACGUGGUCCUCUGCUUGCUGGAGGUGGCCAGGAGGGGCUCCAAGUUUGGCAUGCUGGCCCCCAUGCUGAUCCAGAUGGAGGAGGAGAUCGAGGAGGAGCUGCGGGACCAAACGUGCGGCGCGCUGGGAGCACCCCGGGGCAGCCAGGCCCUGCGCCCCGAGUCGCCCGCGUACCCCGGGCAGGCACAGCGCGUCUCCCUGUGCGACCUGAGGAACCUGGACGAGCUGGUGCGGGAGAUCCUGGGCUGCUGUACGUGCCCAUCCCAGUUCCCCAUGGUCAAAAUCUCAGAGGGUAAAUACAAAGUGGGAGACUCCAACGCACUGAUCUUUGUUCGAGUGCUGAGGAGCCACGUCAUGGUGCGUGUCGGCGGUGGCUGGGACACACUGGAACAUUACCUGGACAAGCACGACCCGUGCCGCUGCUCCUCCCUGUCUCACCGCCUGCCCCCCGCCCGCACCCUGACCUUCUCCCCACCAAAACCCGCCGUCAACAGUGCCAGCCCCGCACCCCACGCCCCCAGCCCCAGCACCCCGCGCCGUGCCGACACGACCAGCCUCGGGGACAAGCGGCUGCCAGGCUGGGGGGACGUUGGCUACAGCAGGACGGAGCGGGGCAGCACCCCAAAGCCUGCGCCUGGAGCCGUCCUGCCCCCCCGGGCCCCCGCCAGCCCAUCCAGGAGCCCCGCCAGUGCACUCAGGCCCCGCGACUCCACCCGCACCCGCCGCCAUUCCGGGGACAGCGACUCCUCGUCGGCCUCAUCGGUGGGACCCCCGCGGGGCCACCGCCCCCCGCCCGCCUCCUGCCCCUCUCCCCGCCGCCCGCCGCCCGGACGCAGCCGCUCGGGCGACCGCAGUCCGCUCCCGAUGCGCACCGCCACCCCGGGCGGCGGGGAGGAGCGCGGCCGCCCGCGCGUCCCCAACGGGCCGGGGCUGCCCCGCGCCCGCAGUCAGGGCCGGCCCGGUGCCGACGCCGUGCUGCUCAUCCGGCGCGGGGCGGACGGGCAGCACUCGUGGGCGCGCGCCGACGGCGGACCCCGCGCUGCGACGCGGCCCUCCGGCCCUCGGCGCUCCUCUCUGCCCGGGGACGGGGCCGAGGACGGGGACGGGGACGCCUUCCAGGAGGAGCUGGAAGAGCUGGCGCGGAGGCUGCGGGCGCCGCUGUGCCUGGAGCCCGGGCAGGAACAGCAGCUGCUGGGGCGGCUGGAGGAAGAGUUUCUGGCCAACACGCGGCUGAUGGAGAUGGGGGACGCGGAGCCGUCGCCCCCCGCCCGCCCCGCGCACGGGACGUUGGAGCCCAACAGCGGGGCGGCCGCCGACUCGGCGUACUGCUCCUCCUCGUCCUCCUCGUCCUCCCUCAACGUGCUCGGCAACAAGCACGGCGGUCCGCCCGAGGACGGCCGUCGCAACGGGGGUCCCCCGGCCGCCCCCCACCCGCAGGAGCGCCGCGGCCGCCCGUCCAGCUCGUCGGAUGAGAGCGGCUGCGUGCCGGCCUCCGGUGCCGAGUCCGACCCCGAGUGGGCGCCGGCGGUGGAAGAGGAGGGGAUGGAGACCGCGGCGGUGCCGGGGAUCCCCGCGUCCCCCGCCCUGCGGCCCCGUGCCCGGCCCCGGCUGGACGCGCAGCCCGGCAGGAAGCCCACCCGCAUCCCCGCGCCCCGACCCCCCGCCGGCCCCCAGCCCUGGAGGGCGCUGCACACCGUCCUGGCCUCGCUGCUGGAGCCCGGGAGGGCGCCACGGGAGGACGAGGGGCUGCAGGAGGACGCCUGGCCGUGAGAAGGACGAGACGGAGGCUGCGGCCCCCGGCGUGGGAUGUGUGGGCGUUGGGACGAUGUGUGGGCCACCAUCGUCCACCGAUGUGGGGCCGUGGGAUGGAUGCCGUCACGGCGGGGGCUGAUGCACUUUGGUGUGAUAGCAGUGGAGGCAGGAGCCGUGCCGUGGCAUCGGGAACAGCUCUGGGAGCAGCCAGCUCUGCUCAGCUCCUCUGCUUUUCACCUUCCUUCUCCAUCCUGCUCCCCACUCCUUCCAUUCCUCCUCCCCGUCUCCCCACAUCCGACAACACCCGGGGACACGCAGCUCGUCACCAUGGUCUGUACCCAAGGGAUGAUGUCCCCCCUCCCCUGCAGCAUCUCCCCCAGCACAGUGCAGCCAGUAAAGCCCGAGGAGCUGAGCCUGCCUGCUGUCGUCUGUCCACGGAGGUCUGUCCACAGAGCUGCAGGUGUUGGGGAUGGGGCUCCCCCUGCGCCGUGGGGCUGCACCUUUGGGGUUCCUGUGAAGCAUCCCUGGCGGGGAUCCUGCAUCCCCCACAGUUGUGCCUGGGAGCACUUCCCCUCGUCCUAUCCAGGGUCCUUCCCAGCACGGUGGUGGCAGGGGGAGGUUCUUCACAGAGCGGUGAGGGUGCUGGCACAGCUGCCCAGAGAGGCUGGAGAUGCCCCAUCCCUGGAGGUGUUCAAGGCCAGGUUGGGUGGAGCCCCGGGCAGCCCACUGUAGUAUUAGAUAUGGAGGUUGGUGGCCCUGCCUGUGGCAGGGGGUUGGAAACUGAUGAUCCCUGGGGUCCCCUUCCAACCCAAGCCAUUCUAUGAUGUAAUGUAAUGUAUAUAAGCUGAAGGUCUUUUGUUCCAGGGAUGCAUGGUUGGGGUGGAGGUAUCCCCUCACGCAUCCGACAUCAUAAAUAAAGAAUGCCUGCUCGCUAA